GAUGGGGGUGUAUCAUACGAAGUCUGGUACAAUUCAGAACGUGAAGUCUCGUCUCAGUGACGGCCGUCACGUGCAGUUUGCCUUGAAGGACAGAUAUGGGAGUCAAAUGCAUUGAUAUUGGUGACGAUAUUGGAGAGUUGCUCCCGAGCGAAAAGGAGAAUCGGACAGGAAAGCCAGGUCACUUCGAGACACUUGCUACAUUUCGCAAUGACGAGGAGUUCUGUCUGAAAGACGCACUUGAGCAAUACCAUGAGAACCCAAUACCUUACGCUAAUGCUCUAGCAGAAGUUGGAAAAGAGAUUUGCGAGGUUACUUACCAGAAAGAUAGUACAGAGUACCGUGCAUUGCGGGCCAAGGAUCGCGUCCGUCGGCAGCGAUAUUACCACAUGAUCGAGGGCGUAGAUAGAACCUUCACGUUUAUGAGUCUAAGGGAAUGGUUCAUGCCGUGGCAAGCAGUGCGACUCUUCGACACACCGAAUCAGAUUUUCCGAGACUAUGUGAAUGCAAUUGGCAUGAAGAUCUUGGGAUUCGUGGGUUUGAUAGACGCGCUGGAGACAACCAAUACUUCGAACACCGUCAGAUGGAUCGAAGAAUUCGAGAAAUUUCGGAAGAACGUCAAUAGGCUGUGCCGGGACAUCGGUUGCGAAGUUGAGGACUUUCCUACUCUUCAGGAGACCAUUCAGCGCCUGAAGAGAUAUGCAUCCGAAGAGACGCAGAAGAUGUCGCCUCUCUGGGAAGAGAACGCCCGGCUCAAACGCAAACUUGAAGCUCAAAAACGCAUCAUCGCUGCCGUGCAGAUUCGUUGUACAAUCGAGAACUUGGUUCAUGCGAUCCCGAACAAGGGCAAAUACGACGACCGUGCGGCAGGCAACAAAUGAAAGACACUUUGGAGCGAUAUUCAGGAUGAUGUCAAGAUCAACGACCAGAGUCCGUUCUGUGCACUGUUGAAAGGCGCUACAGGACACCGGGCCGACGAUAUUGUUAAAGCAGGAGUGAACCUCUAUUCUGCCAUGAGUGCCGAAAUUCAUGGAUAUGAAGGGUUGGACGCCAGCUACGAGCAUUUUGACAUCCCAACGAACAAAAUCUCCCGUUCGCUGCUUCCAUGUCCCCACAGGGCCUCGAAAGAUGUAGAUUGGAAAGAAGAAAUCAAGAAGUACCCCCAUAAGCUGGAAGGAAACCCAGCGUGUUCCAACAAGUCUUCCAAAAAGUCUCGAGAAGAGCCGUCAAAGGAGUAGAUAGAGUCUCUCGGUUUCAGUGAGGAAUGUAUAAGCAAGAUUCGGA